GAGGCACGCAUGCGCAGUGGGCGGAGGAGGCGCCUCCGCUGCCCUUAAAGCACGACAGAAGCGGAGGGACGGAGGUGUGGACGCCGCUGAAGCUUUCUCGCGGAGCCGCCGGGCGCUGGAGCCCUGGGAUCAAAGGGGAGCACGAUGUCUCUCUACCGCUCCUUAUUGAUCCCAACUCGCCUGGUGCUGAAGGCCUCGAAGGUUGUGAGCUGGCUGGCGACCUACAGCGGGGCUUGCCUUUCAGCCGCAUUCAACCUCUCCUGGGCACUCUGGUUGCUGCUGACCAGGGGCCCCCGACAAGUGUUUCACAAGAAGACAAGGGAGGUGCCCCCCAGCUGCCUCACGGACACCACUUACGGGGAACACCGCUAUCUGACCCUCAAGCACUCAGGGCUGCGUCUCCACUAUGUCAUCGCAGGCCAGGAAGGUGCACAGCUCAUGCUUUUCUUGCAUGGUUUUCCCGAGAACUGGUUUAUGUGGCAUCAUCAACUGAAGGAAUUUAAGCAAGCAUUCAAGGUGGUAGCCAUUGAUCUCAAGGGCUUUGGCUUUUCCGAUGCACCUCCUGGCCUUGAACAUUAUCAGAGGGAUGUCUUGAUGGAAGAUAUACGAAGCGUAGUUGAAACCCUGGGACCCAGCGAGAAGGAUGCAUCUGCUAAGUGCAUCCUGUUAGGGCACGACUGGGGCGGAUGCAUUGCCUUUGAAUUUGCUGCCACUUACCCAAACAUGGUGGAGAAACUAGUUGUCUUGAGUGGCGCUCAGUCACAUGUUCUAACAGAAUAUAUGUUCCAGCAUCUCAGCCAGGUGCUGAAAAGUGAAUACAUGUUCCUGUUCCAGCUCCCCAAAUUGCCGGAGUUCCUGUUGUCCUUGGAUGACUUCCUUUACAUAAAGCAGGCUUUCACCAGCAAGAAGAAGGGAAUCCAGAAUCCAGAUCAUUAUCUGACAGAAGAAGAACUGGAUGUUUAUCUACAUAGUCUUUCUCAGCCUGGCCGCUUAACAACACCUUUGAAUUACUACAGGAACUUCGUGAGCAGCUGGCGCCAUCCAAAGUGUAAGGAUAUCUUGAUGCCUGUGUUGCUGCUCUGGGGAAAGAAUGAUGCAUUUCUGGAACCAGGAUUGAUUGAACUGAUGAAGCAGAAUAUGCGGAAAGGCGUCCAGGUGCACAUCAUCCCUAAAUGCAGUCACUGGGUAGCUGAGGAUCAACCUCAAGAAGUCAAUCGUCUGAUAGGGUCUUUCCUCCUGGAGAAAAGAGCUGAUGAAGGAAAGGAAUGAACUGGAGGCGUCUCUCCUAUUUGGUAUAACCCACAAUAACAGCAACUCAGCCUGACCCUUGUUCUGCGGAGUGUUGCUUCUCUUUUUUGACCUCACUCCCACACUAAUAACUGGUUUUGCUUCAUGCCCACGUUCUCUUGCACUUCAAUAAAGAGUGCCUAACCUGCAUCCACCUUUUUAGGAGGCAGAUAGCACAACUUGGGGCCACAGGGAGUUGAAUUUUGCCAGAGGACUCUUGACUCACCUCCACUUUGGUGAGAGGUAUGAACACUCUUGCAAGAGCGAGUGAUUCUUUCUCGGUCCCUUGACAGCCAAAUCCUGAACAAACAGGAUUCCUGGCAUUCCUUUUCAGAGACAAGCCACAGCCUUUGCAAAUGCUUCGUAAGUCCCUGUGGGAAGAACCUGCUGGUUUGGGUGAUCCGGAAAUGGAAUUUUAAUUUUGAUUGGAACAUGUGUGUCAGAUCUGAUCUUUCCAUUGACUUAAAUUCUGAAGCUGAAAGAGAAUGGAGUGAGGAUAUUCUCAAGAAAUGAUAUAAGGGAUGGAACAAGCGCACCUCAGAAAUGAGUCAGACUAGUGCUGUGAAAUGGCAGAGAAUGGAUCUGUAGAUUGCGGGGACACAUUUUAGUACUUGGCUGAAAAUAGCAAAAUCAAAGGCAAAAGUUACCAAGGAGGGACAAUCAUGAACAGAUAAAUAGUGUGUACCCCAAUGUAGAACAUGUUCCUGAAGCUGUUUUCUUUCCACAGUCAUGGUGGCCAAGUUAAGCAUACUUCUUUUCACACAGAAUUACUUUCAUAUAUAGAUUGGCCCUUAGUGAACAUCUAAUCAGAUGAGAAGAACAUCUUCAUGGUAGUUUAAUCAUCCAGUUUAACAACUGCAGAGGUUGGAAAUGCCACUCUUUUGGAAGCAGUGCUCUGACAUCCUCUCACUUGCCACCUCUCAAAAUGGCAGUGUCAGCUGUGGAGUCUGGGAACUGCUGUCCAAAAAAAAAUUCAACAUUUUCAAGAGUGCUGGGGAAGAUUCAGCUUCAGCCAUUCUUCCAAUCCUGCCAUCGCUUCAAAGAAAAUGUUUAGGGAUGGUGUGCUGGCAUGCAUCAAUUAAUAAAGCUUUUGACAAACUCA